GAAAUCCUCGAACGCGAAGGAGCAAGGCUCUUAUUUGGAAACAGAAGUCGAUUUCGACGGUUCCCUUUUGUUUCUUUUUCUGCCGAAAUGGCCAGAAGGCACAGACACUUGAUCGGGUACAGAAUUCUUCUGGUACUCGUCAUACCGACGAUGUACUUUCUUUGUGUAAGCGUAGCUGGCCUUUUUUCAAGUGACGUAGGGGGCGGACGAAAUCUGCAAAGUAUACGAUUAAGGAAAAUUUUGGGAAUCGAGACGAAUACGGAGACAACGAUAAACUGCACUUCGCCGGCUGUUAAUGAAUUUCCGCCGGACGGGUUGACUCGGCAACAAAGACAAUCUGGUUUUGUUGCAAUACACGUUAUCAUCGUCACGUACCUUUUUCUGGUACUAGCGAUUGUUUGCGACGACUAUUUCAUACCUUCGAUCAAAAUGAUCUGCGAAAAGCUUAAUGUUGCAAAAGACGUCGCCGGGGCGACUUUAAUGGCUGCCGCAACCUCCAGUCCGGAAUUAUUCAUCAAUGUCGUCGGAACUUUUGUUACGGAAGGCGACCUGGGAGUUGGAACAAUAGUCGGUUCCGCAGUAUUUAAUAUUCUCGCAGUACCUGCUUGUUGCGGAUUGUUCGCCAGCCAGGUCUUGGAGCUGGAAUGGUGGCCAGUGAGCAGGGAUUCCCUGUGUUAUGGAAUCACCGUAGGAUUAUUAAUAGUGACCCUAAAAGACGGACGCGUGGAAUGGUACGAAGCCCUCGUUCUCGUCGUCGCCUACGUUCUCUACAUUCUUGCCAUGGCCUUCAACGAGCGGAUAAGUAAUUUCAUGAACUGGGCGCUGGCGAGGAGAAGAAAGUACAAAAAUCUGAGCGAGGAAAGUCCUCUCGUUCCUAAAAAUCUCAACAAAGAGAAGAACGUCCACUCUUUCGAGCUCAGCGACGACGAUUCAGUGGAGAUCGUAAAUAUGACUCAAUGGCCGAAUUCGAAAUUGGAGAGGAUUUGGUGGCUCCUUACUUGGCCGAUCAAUCUCGUUCUUCUCGUGACGGUUCCCGACUGCAGACGGAAGUCUCUUAGAUCUUGGUACCCUCUCACAUUUAUUAUGUGCAUCGUCUGGAUAGCGUUAAUAUCCUACGUCGUCGCCUGGAUCAUCACCAUAAUAGGCGACACCCUCACCAUUCCCGACUCCGUGAUGGGACUGACAUUCCUAGCAGCUGGGAUGAGCGUUCCCGAAGCGGUUUCAAGCGUUAUUGUCACCAAUCACGGACACGGCACUAUGGGCAUCAGUAACUCGAUAGGGUCGAACAUCUUCGACGUGUUGCUGUGUCUGGGAUUACCCUGGUUCAUCAAAUCUGCCUUCCUGCCGAAAACUCCAGGACUGUAUUCCGUGAAAAUUAAUUCAGAGGGUUUGGUGUACAGCUCGGUCUCGUUGCUCUCCACGUUGCUUCUAUUGUACUUAAUGCUGUUCAUCAACAAAUUCAAGCUGGACCGCAAAGUCGGAUUCCAGUGCUUGACGAUGUACGGGAUCUUCUUGAUCCUGGCAUCUCUCAUCGAGCUCAACAUCUUCUUCGUAGUCAACAUGCCUACUUGUGUUCAUUAGCUUGUACUCGUAGAUGGAUAUUCUGAAAAGGAAAGCGUAACGAGUACUCGCUGAUAUUUGUAUAUAGAGAGAGACGGAAUUCUACAUAUGUAUAUAUAUACAUAUAUUCCUCUCGUGUAAA